CCCCCAGGGCGGGAAAAAGCGCUUACGUCAGAGAGAGAGAUGGAGAGAGAGAAUUUAAGCCCAGUAGAGAGAGAGCAGAAGCACCAAAGCAGAGAGACAGAGAUCAGCACAAUGACCAUCACCGGGCUCCUUUUCGUGGCAUUGCCUCUCCUUCUCUUCGUAUCAGCAAACGGCAACACGUACGAGCGUGUGCUCCCGUCAGGUAAAAAGGUGAUCUGUGAUCGCUGUCCUCCGGGCACUCACCUGCAUGCCCACUGCACAGACACGCGCCCCACAGACUGUCGCCCCUGCAGCGCAGGAUUUUACACCGAGUUCUGGAACUACAUCCCCGAGUGCCUGCCCUGUGACCUGUGCGCCCUCAACCAGGAGGAGACACAGUCAUGCGUGCCCUCCCAGAACCGCGUGUGUCAGUGCAAGGAGGGAUACUACUGGCUAUCACACUUCUGCAAGAAGCACACGGUGUGUUCCGCUGGACAAUGGAUCAAAAACAAAGGAACCCCAUACAAAGAUACAGAGUGUGAGCCAUGCAGAAAUGGUCACUAUGCAAAUGGAGCUUCAGGCAUCACAGAGUGCACCCCACACACAGCCUGCAAGGGUGAUGAGAAGCUGGUGAUCCACGGGACCAACUGGCACGACAACGUGUGUGUUACUUGCAACAACAUCACAACAGAAGGCUGGCCCACCCUCAUCAAGCCUCUCCUUUCAGAGCUGUUCGCCCAGCAGAAACAGCGCCGCCUGCAGCGCCUUUAUCGCAUUCUUAAAUUAGACGUGAAUGACGGGGCGUUGCGGUCUUGGCUCAGUACGGCUUCAGAACAGCAGCUGACUGACCUCCCAGCCAUUCUUAUUAGGGCAAACCUGCACAGCCUGGCUGACAAAGUGAAGCAGAAAAUUGAGAGAUUCCAAGAAGAAGCCAAGUAUUGUAGCAACAACAUCAUGUAAAAAAUCAUUUCAAUACCUCUGUAUUUGGUUGCAGCCUGGAUGUCUGUAGCCAUUUAACUCCAGAGUUUUUAACCCAUCUCUUAAAAUAAAAGAUGGAAUGAAGGCUUCCUGGAGUCACUUCAGCACUUCUAAAUAAUGUUUUUUUAAAGUUUUGGGUUGAAAUUGAAAACCUAAAUCACAGACAACUCAACUGGCACUGAUUCCUAAAUUUUUUGAUGUCUCUGUUGUAGUAAUGGCUGUAGCAGUGUAUGUUCAUCUACUGCACUGUCUUUGCAAAACUCUGUGCCUUGCAAUUGUUAUUUAUUUUUUUU